AUGACUGAUACUGAAAAUCAGAAUGGACCCCCUGAGGAUCAACCGCAAGAAAAGACUGCGAAGCAGCUAGAGAAAGAAGCAAAAAAGGCUGCGAAAUUGGAAAAACUUAAAGCUAAAUUGGACAAAAAGAGCUCUGCGCCAGCUUUGCAGAAAGAUAAGCCAGAGAAAAAGACUAAAGAAACUAAAGAAACCAUCUUAUAUACCAGUAACAUUCCACCUGGAGACAAAAAAGAUAUUUCAGGUUCUAUGCCUGAUGCAUACAGUCCACUGUAUGUUGAAGCAGCUUGGUAUGCCUGGUGGGAAAAGCAGGGCUUUUUUAAGCCUGAAUAUGGAAGAAAAUCAGUAUUAGAACCAAAUCCUAAGGGCAAGUUUGUGAUGGUUAUCCCACCACCAAAUGUGACUGGUACCUUACAUCUUGGACAUGCUCUCACAAAUGCUGUUGAAGAUGCUAUUACUAGAUGGCACAGAAUGAAUGGACGAACAACACUCUGGAAUCCAGGCUGUGACCAUGCCGGUAUCGCUACUCAAGUGGUAGUAGAAAAGAAGCUGUGGAGAGAAGAGAAGAAAACUAGACAUGAACUCGGUAGAGAAGAAUUCAUUAAGAGAGUGUGGGAGUGGAAAAAUGAAAAAGGAGGAAGAAUUUACGAACAACUUCGCUCAUUAGGGUCUUCUUUAGAUUGGUCGCGUGUUCGUUUCACAAUGGAUCCCAGCAUGUGUAGAGCUGUGAAUGAAGCCUUCAUAAGACUACAUGAUGCGGGAGAUAUAUACAGGGCGAAUAGAUUGGUGAAUUGGUCCUGCGCUUUGAAAAGUGCUAUCUCCGAUAUAGAAGUAGAUAAAGUAGAACUGCCCGGAAGGACUAUGUUGUCUAUACCUGGAUAUGAUAGCAAGGUGGAGUUUGGAGUGCUAGUGCUCUUUGCAUACAGAGCUGAGGACUCUGACGAAGAGAUAGUGGUAGCCACCACCCGAGUGGAGACCAUGUUGGGUGAUGUCGCAGUGGCUGUGCACCCUAACGACACUAGAUACAAACAUCUAAUUGGAAGGAAUUUACUCCAUCCAUUCGUCAAAAGGAAGCUCCCUGUGAUCGCGGACGAGUACGUCGAUAUGAACUUUGGAACAGGCGCUGUCAAGAUCACUCCAGCGCACGACCCCAACGACUACGAGAUCGGCAAGCGACACAAUCUGCCCUUCAUCACGAUAUUCGAUGACGAGGGCAGAAUGCUGAAUAAUUGUGGAGGAUUCGCUGGUAAGAAACGUUUCGACGUGCGUCGCGAGAUCAUCAAGACUCUGGAACACAUAAAGCUGUACAAGGAGACGAAGGAGCACGCCAUGGUGGUGCCGCUCUGCAGCCGCUCCAAGGACGUGGUCGAGCCCAUGCUUAAACCACAAUGGUACAUCCGCUGCGACACGAUGGCAGCGGAAGCCAUCAAGGCCGUGAGGACCGGCGAGCUGAAGGUCAUCCCCGACGUGCACGAGAAGGUCUGGUACCACUGGAUGGAGGGCAUUCGCGACUGGUGCAUCUCCCGCCAGCUGUGGUGGGGGCACCGCAUCCCCGCAUACAGGGUCGCCCUGCCGCCUUCCGAGGAGCGCGCGAGGCAGCCGCGGCGGCGGCGCUCGCGCAGCGGCCGCAAGAAGAGCGCGCGCCGCCUCAAGCGACACGCUAAAGAAGAAGAACGUUGGGUUUCUGCUCACUCUGAAGAAGAAGCCUUAUCAAAGGCUGUCGCUAAAUUUGGUGUUUCCAGCGCAGAUAUUAAGUUGACGCGAGACGAAGAUGUACUGGAUACUUGGUUCUCAUCAGGUCUUUUCCCGUUUUCGGUCUUCGGAUGGCCAGACAAUACGGAUGACUUGCAGGCGUUCUAUCCCGGUACUUUAUUAGAAACAGGUCAUGACAUUUUGUUCUUUUGGGUGGCGAGGAUGGUGUUCUUCGGGCAGCGUCUUCUUGGGAAAUUGCCUUUUAAAGAAAUAUAUCUCCAUCCAAUGGUGCGAGAUGCGCACGGUCGUAAGAUGUCCAAGUCUCUCGGUAACGUCAUCGACCCCGUGGACGUGGUGAGGGGCAUCACUCUGGAACAGCUCCAUGCACAGCUGGUUGACUCGAACCUGGACCCUCGCGAGGUGGAGAAGGCCAGGCAAGGCCAGAAACAAGACUACCCUAAUGGUAUACCGGAAUGUGGCACUGAUGCGCUCAGGUUCGCGCUGUGCGCCAUGACGCAGGGUCGCGACCUGAACCUGGACAUCCUGCGCGUGCAGGGCUACCGCUUCUUCUGCAACAAGCUGUGGAAUGCCGCCAAGUUCGCGCUCAUGUACUUCCCCAAGGACACCGUCUACAAGGUCCAUUCGCCCACGCUGCCCCCGGGCCUGUCCUCGAUGGACCGCUGGAUGCUAUCGAAGCUCUCGUUGGCGGUCCAGAAGGUGAACAGCGGGUUCCAGCAGUACGAGUUCCCGUCCGCCACCACGCACUGCUACAACCUGUGGCUGUAUGACCUCUGCGAUGUUUACUUGGAAUAUCUAAAACCAGUGUUCGCCCAAGGCUCCGAGGAGCAGAAGGCGGCCGCGCGACGCACGCUGUACACCACGCUGGAGUAUGGACUCAAGUUGUUGAGCCCGUUCAUGCCGUUCGUGACGGAGGAGCUGUACCAGCGCCUGCCGCGCGAGGACACCAGCUGUCCGUCCAUCUGUGUUGCCGAAUACCCUACAGAAUCCGACACACCCUGGCGGUCUGAGCAGCUUGAGGCCAAUGUAGAAACUGCCCUCAAAAUAGUCCACCUCAUUCGCUCUACCCGUUCUGAGUACAAUUUAACAAACAAACAGAAGACCACUGCGCAUCUAGUACUUUCUGAUGAUAUGCAAGAGAUAAAGGAGUUAUUCAAAAAAGUUCAGUCGUUGGCUAACAGUGAACUCAGCGAGGAUCAACCACCUAUCGGAUGUUCCAUACUUACUGUGUCUGAUAAGAUUGAAGUGCAUUUGGUUUUGAAGGGCCUCAUCGAUCCACAGAAGGAGAUCGCAAAAUUAGAAAAGAAGAAGGAAAAUCUCACGCAAACUAUUAACAAGUUGCAGCAAGCGAUGGCAGCGGAUGACUACUCCACCAAAGUGCCAGUUGACGUUCAAAAACUCAACUCUGAAAAACUUUCGCAAUCUCAAGGCGAGAUAGAACGGCUACAAGCUGCUGUAGAGACAUUGAAACUUAUG